UGUUUCGUGCUUCCGCCGCAAUUUGGAAUGCAGUGGCAGCACUUUACUAUUGUUACGUCAGGCAAGGACAUGCUAAUGGUUAAUGGCUUCUGCUUACUCGAGCUACCUUUAUGAUAAAACCAAAUACAAUCCAAACGAAAAUACAUGAGAUAUGAUGCAUCGGCUAUUAAAGUCAUAAAAAUAUGAUUGUCUAAACAUUAAAUCGUUGCAAUAGGCAUACAUUCUUAUAAGAUUUUACCUGUGGCCUACGUAAUAUGUGCUAAAACUUUAACGAAGCAACGAAUGUAACCGUUAUAUUCAUCGCUACGUUGGAUCAGUCCGAUGAAAAGGAUCUCAACAUACAACUUGAUAUCACAAGGUUUAUAUCACACGUGAGUAAAUAUAAUCGACUAAUGUGUUAUCUAUGCCUUGUAAAAUUUUGUCUAAGUAUUUUUUUCCUCUUCGUCAAAAUCGGGCAACUCCCUUGCCACUCAGUUCUUCGCAAUGGCGGCUGUCCUUCGUCGAUUGAAAAAUUCCGUGUUCUUGAUGUAACUGUUGAAAACUGGAUAACUAGUGUUAUGGGUACAAUAUGUUUUACAACUAAUUCCAUGACUUUUGUAUAACAUUAAAAGUCAUUAAAGUCGAUGGCUUUGAUCUAUGGAUGUCUUCCGCAAUAUGAUGUCGAAGUGCACUGCGCGCGCGCGCACCUGUGUGUUUAUAGCUCUCAUACAUUCGCGUGUGUAUAACGUAAGGUGACAUGCCUAGCAGUCGUGACAUCGAAAGAGGAGAACGUAAUGGGAGAUUUCGAUCAAGGAGGAGAAGUAGUGCAGGCAGUGAUGUAAAUCGUCAUAGCUUUGAAAGCUCCGAUAAAAGCAGACAUAGACGGCAUGGCAAGAGUAAAAGUUCUGGCAAAAAGAAGAAGAAGAGGUCCCGUGACAAAUCUGUAGAAAGUGUACCAACUGUAGCUUCUUCUAUUGUGAAACCAUUGGUGGAAUACUCUGAUGUAAGUAGCGAAGAUUUAUCAGAACCAGAAGCAGGAGAAAUUCAAUCAGAGGAUAGCAGAGGUAAUAGUUAUACGGAUGGAGAUGUACCUGAAACAGUUCUGCAAAGGAGGUAUUACAGAAGUAGUCCUCAACGAACUCUUGGAGCAUCACCAAUUAGUCUUUCACCUUCUCCUCCAGUACAGCAUAGACAUUCUAACAGACAUUAUUCAUCAAAUGAACAACAACCUGCAACAAGUAUGCAUAGCGGUACACCAGAGUAUGAAGAAGAAUCUAGACGUUAUGCAAGAAGGAAAGAGAAAAAACAUAAACGAGAGAAGAAGAAGAAAAGAAGUUUGAGUCCUUCAUCUAGUAUUGGAAAAAAGAAGAAAAGAAAAUCUAAACGAUGCUCUCACAGCCUUAGUCCUCAUCAUAUAACUGAAGAAAUUAUAAUUAGUCCAGAUCAUGAAAAACCAGUUGAAAAUUGGUCUGAAUCCCCACCUUUACCUUUGAAGGAUAGUACUUCUCCUAUAUCACCUGCUACUCCUCAAGAGCAAAGAUGUCUUAGCGAUGUAGAACUUGAAUUAUUAAGGCCACCCAGGAAUGUUACGCCUCCACCUCUUUCACCUGUUCGGCAAACAGAAUCACCGCAUACACCAUUAUUACCACCUAGAGCAACAACGCCAAUAGGUAACAAAACAAGUGUAUCUACAAGAAAGCAUAGUCCAGAGAGACAGAAGCAUAGUCCCAACAUGCAUACAAGACAUAGUCCUGCUAGUCCCAAUGCAACAACCAGUUCAACUCGUAGACGUCCUCACAGUCCUAGUCCAGCAAGACGUAGAGAUCAUAGCCCGCCACGAAGAAGAGAUUUUAGUCCAAUGUUGCAUAGAACGAGACAUAGUCCUAGUCCAUCAACAUUAAGACGACGAGAAUUUAGUCCAAGUCCUGUAAGUCAUAGAAGAAGGGGAGGUGAUCCUCCUACCUCUCCUUCUGCAAGUAAACGUAGAAGGAAGGAGGGAGGAUCUGAUCGAAGGUAUAGACAUCAUGAAAAAGACAGAAGGGACAAAAGAAAAUCAAGAUCAAUUAGAAGUCCUACUAGCAGCAGGUUAACUCUUCCACUUUCUCGAUCAAGAUCUCGUAGUCUUGGACGGUGGACUAGAAAAAUUCAAUCGCGUUCAAGAUCGCGUUCACGAAGAAGAAGUCGAAGUCCUAAGAAAUCACGUUCUCCCAGCAAGUCACAUAAAUCAUCGAGAAAGCAUAAAUCAAAAAGCCCACGUCCGUCGAGGAUUCCUUCUCCAUCUCCGCAUAGAUCAAGAGCCAGAAGCCCAACAAGUAUUACUGCGAGAAAUCUUAGGGUGCAAGCAAAAAUUAGUGAAACUAGUUUGUUUGCGGAACUUGUAAAAGAUAGAAAUAUGAGAGAAUUAGCAUAUAAAAAGCUACAAGCAGCAAAGGAGAAAGCUGUCAAUCAAGAUGAGGUUCAAAUUAUAGAAGGCACAGAUGAGAAAGAUUCAAGUACUGGCAUAUCUGAAAAUAAGUCUAACUUUGAUAACAAAAGCAAAUCUUUAGGUUACAAGGAACCAUCAAAAUCGUCGAAUGAAACCAUAAAAUCUGUUGAUAUUAUUAACAUUCCAGUUCCGGUCACAGAAGAUAAUAAUUUAGCAGGAAGAACUCCACCUUUACCGAUACUUUCGACACAUAGUACACCUUCAAAUCCUAUGCCAAGGACCAGUGCACCAUCUCACACCAUUGUGCGUACAUCACCUACAAUGUCUGUAUCCAACAAUUGCCAUCCUAUUAUUACUAUUACGAAUAGUCCGAGCAUUCCAACUAAUAUGAGUGCACAGGCCCCACCACUGCCUCAACCUGAGACUAGAAAUACAUCAGGCUUGUCACAUGUACCUGUACCAGUGCCUAUUCCUGUACCAGUACCAUCAACAGUUCUUGCAAAUUUAUCAGUUCCUCCACCACCUAUUCCUAUUCCAGUUCCAGCACCAAAUACAGUUAUGUCCAAAUUUAAUUCACCAAAUAAUUUAGUUCCUUUGAAAUCCGUGGAUCCGCCAAAGCCGCCUAUCGUAGCGUUUAAGACAAAAAGUUUAUCAAGAUUACCUUUACCACCUGGUAUUAAUCAGAACGAUUUGGAGAAUAUAGAUUCACCUCCUAGUCAUUCUCCAAGUCCACCCAGUAAAGCACAAAUGAAAUUCCCAUCUUCAACUCCAAAACCACCGCAGAAGAAGAGCAUCAAAGAUUUACCAAUGCCACCAGUCGUUCCUGGAUCUGAGGAUUUGAGCGGAGAAGAAGAUCCAAAUGCGACACCUCCGCAACAUGUGAUCGAACGUGUUACUCCAAAACCGAAAUUGAAGAGGCCAAAAAUAUUAAAAAGAAGAGGUUCACGAAAUUGUCACACUCCUAUGUCUGCCUCUGGUGGAAAGGAUUGGGGCGAGCGUUGCGUCGAUGUGUUUGAAGUAAUUGCACAGAUUGGAGAAGGCACUUAUGGCCAAGUGUAUAAAGCUCAAGAUAAGCGAGCAGGUGUACUUGUUGCCUUAAAAAAAGUUCGCUUAGAAAAUGAAAAGGAAGGUUUUCCUAUAACAGCGGUCCGCGAGAUAAAAAUAUUGAGACAAUUAAAUCACAAAAACAUUGUUAAUCUUCGAGAAAUAGUGACUGAUAAGCAAGAUGCUUUAGAUUUUAGAAAGGACAAAGGAUCAUUUUAUUUAGUUUUUGAAUAUAUGGAUCACGAUUUAAUGGGACUCCUAGAAUCUGGCAUGGUUGAUUUUAAUGAAAUGAAUAAUGCCAGUAUCAUGAAGCAAUUACUAGAUGGACUUAAUUACUGUCACAGCAAAAAUUUCUUGCAUAGAGAUAUCAAAUGUUCUAAUAUAUUAAUGAAUAAUAAGGGAGAAGUGAAACUGGCUGAUUUCGGAUUAGCGAGGCUUUAUAAUGCGGAAGAUCGACAAAGACCAUAUACAAAUAAAGUUAUUACGUUAUGGUACAGACCACCUGAGUUAUUAUUGGGCGAAGAACGAUACGGGCCUGCUAUUGAUGUUUGGAGUUGUGGUUGUAUUUUGGGAGAAUUGUUUUCUAAAAAACCUUUAUUUCAGGUAAAGGCAAAUGUAGAAAUGAUGCAAUUAGAAAUGAUUUCCCGAAUUUGUGGUACACCUACUCCAGCUGUUUGGCCGUCUGUCAUAAAAUUACCCUUAUGGCAUACGCUUAAACCAAAAAGGUCACAUAGACGACGUUUAAGAGAAGAGUUUUCUUUUAUGCCAGCACCAGCAUUAGAUCUUCUGGAUAAAAUGUUGGAGUUAGAUCCUGAAAAACGAAUAACAGCAGCUGAUGCAUUGAAAAGUAAUUGGUUGAAAAAUGUCCAACCUGAGCAGAUGCCAGCACCUCAGUUGCCAACAUGGCAGGAUUGUCAUGAAUUGUGGAGCAAAAAGCGAAAACGUCAGUUACGGGAUCAACAUGAGAGCUCUGCGGGAAGAAUGCCUCUUCUUACUCUUCCAAAUAGAGGAGGCCCUCAUAGGGCCAUUGAAGAUAUAUCAGACGUUGGAGGGUCAGAACUCGGCGAAUGACCAAAGAAGUCGACGCCUUUAGAUAGGGAAAAAAAGAAAAAGAUAAAUAAAUAAAUAAGAAAAAAAGAAAAGAAAAAAAAGGUCAGAGCUACAGAGAUUUGAUGCCAGCAUUCUUCAUUUUGCAGAUUACUUUUAGAUAAUUUAAGAUCUGUGUAAUCUAAAAUACACAGGGGACUGCAAUGAACGUUUUCAUUAAAUGUGUACGUUUUUAUACAACAUUUAUAUAUCGCUAUGCAUUACAUGAUUUAAUAAUAUAGUGAUUUGGAAUAUGGCGUUGGUACUGUUACACACAUAUACACAUCCUAAGAUUUUGUGCUCGCCUAUUAUGAAAACCAGUUUCAUUUACUAUAUCGCUAUCUUUAUAUAAAAUCUGUACCUCUCCCAAUUUACUGUGAUCAAAACUACCAUUUUUGCUAUUAUGGUCACAAAAUGUUUCUUAUAAAAAAUUAAGAAAUAUCUUUUUCAAUUAAUUAUUUCACUACCAAAUAUGAUUAAAUAUGUACAUAUAUGAAUUUAUGCGUGUAUGGGCAUGCAUAUGCAUACAUGAAUAUUCUUUACAUGCAGAGUGUUUAAAUAGUUACAUAUGCACACUGCUGUUAUUGCAAUAAAUAUGUAUACAUUCAUAAUUUGCAUAUGUAUGCUAAGAUUUAAAUAUAUCAGUAAUAUGUUUGUAAAUAUACACUAUUCAAGCUCAAAUCAGAAAUAGUCGAGUUAUAAUUUAGUCAACUCGAUUAUGAUUGAAUAUUACGUUACAAAAGCUAUAUUAAAGUGAUAUCAUACUAUUAUUUUUCACCAAGGAACAAGUAAAAUUUAAAUAAGAAUAAGUAUAAAAUAGGAAAAAAUAUAUAUAUAAAUAUAUAUACACGCAUAUACGUAUAUAUACAUAUAUAUAUACAUAUAUGCGUCUGUGCAGAUGGACUGAAACAUGUAAAGUCCUUUUAGUUUAAAUCAACGAGGGAUUGCAAAAACUUAUUGCAAGGUCAAGAACAGGGAGUGCAUAAUGUUAGGAUAACAUAUGAAUAUAUAAUGGAAGUUGUUAGUCUUAACAUCUUUGAUAAUCAAUUUUAUUUAUGUUAUGGCAAUUUAUUCAUUUACAUUUAUAAACCAGCUAUAUUUUGAUUGGUCAUUCUUUAAAACUGUAAUAACAGUUCGUUAAUUUGUACUAUAUAUAAACAACUAUAAUAAGUUUCAAUAUACGAAUGGUAAACAACAGCUAUUAAUAUUUUUAUUUUCUCUGCAUGUGUUUUAUCAUAGUACCAUUCUUAUAAUGAAACUUGGAUCUUUGCCAGUUUCAAAUGUAUGUCACUGCAAUGUAAAAUAAUAUUAAAUUGUUGUAAUAUACUUUUAUUAGAUACCCAAAGGUGUUUUUAUGCAAUAUUUUUGUGGACAAUGAGUGAAUAUUUAAUGAUAUUAAAAUAAUUUAUGAUUUAA